UCCUUCGUACGCCCCUGUGGACGGGGUCUGACGUGGGGCUGUGCCUGGUUGCAGGUACCCCCGAGCUGAGCCCCGCUGACCGAAAGGAGCUGGAGACCAAGCUGAAGGAGCGGGAGGAAUUCCUGAUUCCCAUUUACCAGCAGGUGGCCAUGCAGUUUGCUGACUUGCACGACACGCCGGGCCGGAUGCAGGAGAAGGGUGCUAUAACUGACAUUCUAGACUGGAAAACUUCCCGUACCUUUUUCUACUGGAGAUUGAGACGUCUUCUUCUAGAAAAUGUGGUAAAAAAGAAGAUCCAUGAUGCCAAUCCUGAGCUGACUGAUGGGCAGAUCCAGGCCAUGCUGAGACGCUGGUUUGUGGAGGUCGAAGGGACAGUGAAGGCGUACUUGUGGGACAGCAACAAGGACCUGGUGGAGUGGCUGGAAAAACAGCUAACGGAAGAAGAAGGCGUUCGCUCAGUCGUGGAUGAGAACAUCAAAUACAUCUCGAGGGACUACAUCCUCAAACAGAUCCGGAGCCUGGUCCAGGCCAAUCCGGAGGUUGCCAUGGAUUCGAUAGUGCACAUGACCCAGCAUAUAUCACCCACCCAGCGAGCCGAGAUCGUGCGGAUCCUCUCCACAAUGGACUCGCCUUCUUCAACGUAAGAGCAUCGAUUUCCCACACUCCCCCCUGCCCGGUACAGUGGAGGGAGGAAAAAAAA